CAUUAUUGUCGCUGGCGAAAUCAAAGCGCAAACACACACGGCCCCGAGGGAGCGUACAGAUGAAGCACUACAUUCUUCUCGUCUUGUUUUUAGUGGUGUUACAAGUAGUCAGCAGUGCACCGGGUUCAUGUCCGCCGACGCUGUCAGUAGAUAUCUGCGAGGCUGCGUGCGGACCCGGCCUGGCCUGUGAGGGUUCCAAGAUGUGCUGUCCCACGGCCUGCGGCGGUGCCAUGUGUGUUGAUCCUAUGACGCAGCGGCACUUCAUUACUCUAGUGAAGAAAGGCCGAUGUCCCGAGUAUCCUCGUGGUCCGUGGGUAUGCAGCCACACGUGCACCAGCGAUUCCGACUGUCCGCGAGCGCUCAAGUGUUGCCCCAACAGAUGUGGCGCCCUCACGUGUCAGAAACCAGACCCUGACGAACCUACUGACGUUGAAGGCAGAUAGUUUAGUUGCAAAUUAAAGAAACACUAGUCAAUAUUAAAGUUAA